UCUGCAGCGGAUAAUCAGAAGAUAAAUACGAAUUUUUUCUUAGGGGUCAAACCAUUUAUUUAUAAGAGGUUCAUCAAAGUAAUGGAAAGAUUAUGCAAGAGCUCAUUUCUAGAAACGUAUUUCAACACCAUAAUGUUUGAUAGAAUAUGACUUGUAUUUAUUUAUUUGAGUGGAAAUAUUUCGGCUAAAUCGCUCGGCCCUCAUCAGUUUUUUGAACUGUUAGUGGUUGUACAACAUUAAACUACGUAACCAAUUGCUCAAAGCGACGCCAUACUGCUCAAUGUUGUGAAAUCACAGACUCUCCAACAGAUUAAAGAGCGAUUCAGCUGAAAUAUUCCAACGGGAUUCAAUAAGUUCCGGUUAGCUUUUUUUUUGUAUCUCAUGUCUUCGCUGCGUGAAAGUAACAUGUUUGUUUCUUUUUCAACACUGUCUCACCUCGAGGCCCAGGCAAAUUAUUUUUCAUUAUCUUUAUCAUAAUUUGAAACGAUCGCUCCAUUGUCGUUGGAGUAAUACCGUUUUUUCUUCUUCUUCCUAGUGCGUCAUCAUCACAGGUGACAGUUCAUUUCGAGGAGAUGUCCAUGCGCUCGCCCCCCUCUGCCCAGUUCUUGCUCCGUCGAUGCUCAACACCAUCUUACAUACAGGAGCCAAACAACAAGUCAUCCACACAGUGGGUCUGGUAUUGGGCAGACAACGAUGGUUGGAAGAAAUACACUGAAACGAUGGUAAGUAACAGUCGGGCGAAAUAUCCUGUUAUAGUAUUAUUCGAGUGGCUUUACCGUCAUUUUGUUUCUCAAUUGGGCCAGGAGGGUUUUUCAUAACAGAACGCUUUUACUUGAAAAUUGGCGAAAGUCUUUGUUUGAUAGGGUCUGAUCGUGUGGUCUGAUCUUCAAGUGGUCCCUGAAAAGGACUGUACAUAAAACAACCAUAACACUAUGGCCACUGGCUUCUUGCUGAUGGGAUAAAAAAUUGGGAUACUGGCCGGGCAACUGACCUCUUAUUAAAGUGUGCUAAUGCAAUUAAUAAGUCAAUAAAUAACAGGGUUAAAAGACAAACGAACAACUGGCUCGUGAAUACAACUUUGGACUCGCGAUAUUUAUGCAUGUGGCAUUAAGUUGUUUGCAAACUGAACCAGAGUCAAGACAGACCUAGAGUUCUUUAUCUACUCUUUUAGCAGUCGUCUGGGACAAAGCAAGAACAGAUAGAGGCUGCCUAUUUAAAUGGAGAAGGCUUCUAUCCCUUUCGAAGCAGUUCUCACAAUUACAUUCUAACAUUCUACGAAACGCCUAUGCACCAGAUAAAUAUCGACCCGAACUUUCAGACCAGGCGGUUCGUAAGAAGAAGACCUGUGUUUGUUUCAAAACCAGCUUAUCGCGCCACAAAGAGGUAAGUGAACGUGGAUUGUGCUGUUGCUAUUAUCACUUACUAAUGUAUAUGCAAUUAGAGAUAGAGGGACUCGCUUGGCUCAAUUAACUUGAAGCGUUGCAGUCAUGAUUGUAAUCUGAUGUGAGGGGUUUUGGGAUUCGUUGUGUGGUAAGGUCAUCACCAUCAGGUAAUGAGCCUGCAUACCUGUUAAACAUCACGAUUUGAUGUUUCUUAAAGGAAUAAAUCUGCGUCCUCUCAUCUCAAUCAUAAGCGUAAGGCCUUUCAUGUUCCUCUAAUAUGUUCCGUUUUUAUUACAUUUUUAGUUAUCUGAGAGGCAAGGCUAAAGAUUUUGAACGGACUCGUUUGAAAAGAGAACCGCAAAGAAUACCGAACCGCGAGUCAACGUUUUCACGAAACAAUACCAGAAGACCAGGCCUACAUUGUGAUGGUGGAAGAAAUUUGGAACGAAGAGUUACAUGAGAGAUACGAAAGGUGAACUUAUAAAACGGUUAAUAUUGUUUAUAGACAGGGAUAAGUGUGUGAAGAACUUGCAAAGGACGACUGCACAUCCUAUAUCUGAAGCUGACUUCAUAUUGAUUUAGUUUUUUUGUUAUGUUUUCAUUACAUCUAAGUGAAGUUUGGUCCCUUAAAAUCGGAGCUUUACAAAAACUAUAAAAAAAAAGAAGAAAAUGAAAAAAAAGCUCGAGGGUGGAAAAAACUAAUUUUUUUUCUAAUCAGUGACGUCAAAAAGCUGUGUGAUCUUUUUUCACACUGCCCUUCGAAGCAUUUUUGCAUACUUUAUACUUUGGACCGAGGAAGUGCUUUUUGAUCAUAUCACUCUUUUAACGAUUACAAGUAAAAUUGCCGCAAAAGGAAAUUUUUCCUAAUUAUUUUAUAGGUGGCUCAAGAAAUUAAACAGACCACUUUUAUCUGUUGCCGAUGAUGAUCCGGUAUAAAACAGCGAACAAUGAAGAUGGCCUUAAGCAAUUAUAGUUUUCUCAACUGAGUAUAUGAUCUGUACUGUUUGAGCAAGCGCCUUGGAAUUAAAUAGCCCCUCAACCUUUUCCAUUGUAAACGUUCAUUGAUUAACCCUGCUUUAAUCGUUUCUUCAUCUAGUAAGCGGAAAAGAAUAGAAAGGAAACUGAAAGCAAAAAAGGAAGAUCAGAUAGAAAAAUUGCUAUUCCAUGGUACUUCAUCAGAUGUCGUUGAUGCCAUCUGCAAGCAGAACUUUGAUCACAGAUUGCAAGGAAAGCAUGGGACAAAGUAUGGAAAGGGUAGCUAUUUUGCUGUAGACGCUUCCUACAGUAAUAACUACAGCGGUCUAGGUGGGGAUAAGACGAGAUUCAUGUUCCUAGCAAGAGUUUUGACGGGGGAAUAUAAGCUUGGAAUGCCAGAUUUUCGUCGACCACCUCUGAAAGUUCCAAACGAUCCUGCCAGCGAUUUGUACGAUUCAUGCGUCGACGACGAAAAUCAACCAAAGAUCUUUGUCAUAUUUAAUGACGAACAAUGCUAUCCUUCUUAUCUAAUUCACUAUCAGCUGCUAUAGUUUUUGGUAACAAAGUCAAAACAUUAGAGCUUCAUUACUGCACAUCUUAUUUAGAAGCAGUACAAGAGCUUCAUUACCACACAUCUUAUUUAGAAGCAUUAUAAGUGCUUUAUUACUACACAUCUUAUUUAGAAGCAUUAAUAGAGCUUCAUUACUACACAUCUUGUUUAGAAGCAGUACAAGAGCUUCAUUACUUUGGUGUUAGGAAUAUGAAUGGAAAUAACAUAUUUACAUAAACCAUUCAGUUAAAAAAAUAUUUUAACUAGUUGAUGAUUUCUUAUUUUAAUGACGGUUUUACUUUGUAAGUAGAGUAAUUGUUACCUUUUCUUUCUGAGAGAAACUAGCCAUUUAAGUCCACAAAAGUUUGUGCUAAGCUGUUAGUGAUUGACGCAUAUUAGCCAAUCGCGAGUUCGACAUGAAAGGGGAUGUACAAUUCUACGGUAAUUAAAACUCGGCGCGAGGUAUUUCAAUUAUCUUGUGGUAAGAUAUACUUUAAUCAAGAUAAUUUGGUUGAUGAACAAGAGAGUAAUUUUAUAUGGAAAAAGUUAAUCUCGUACCGGAAUUCCUGGAAAUUGCUACUUCUUAUACCUUUGGUUCUUUUCAGGCGUGUUUUUUAGGCCAAUUUCAUGUCGAUUUCUCGAUCAAGAAAGUAAGUCUUAAUUAUUAAUUUAGCACGUACAACACCUCUUUCUAUAAGGAGAUUAAUGUAAUUGUACCUUUCAUCUUACGUACUAAAUUUAUAAUUAGUUGACUUACAUGAACGGCAAACAGUUCUCUUAGAGGGGUACUUAGGGUACGCCCUUUCUCCCUCUAAUUCACCGUUUAUUCUGUUGUUAGGCAAAAAGCUUCUAGAGUUUUUUUCUCUUUCGUUAUCUUUUCAAUUGAAAUUCUAAUCUACGCAACGGUUUCUUUAUAAUUUUUUAUAUCAUCAAUCUUGUUUUCGUUUUGGCCGAUCUUAACCGGAAAAGUAUGAAAUCUAGGUAGAAAGUCGUUUUAGAAAGAGUAAACAAACCGAAGGUACAUACUUAGUAUGCGGGAACUGUUAAAUGUAACUCAACGUGAUUCGUUAGUGCAGUGAGAAAUAGUGACGUUGGUCAAAUAUUGACAGCUUGCUACUUGCCACCUCUAUAAGCUGGAAACCGACACUUUCCUGUAGAUGAUGUGUUACACCCCGAGCUAACAAGUUAUUUGAGCCAUCAAGAGAAGCAACAAAGAGAGUGUCAACUGUACAAGACUGUUAGAAAUUUCCUCCAACAAAAGUACAGCGAUCAGUGGAACAUGUCAGUUACUGUCUGGAUAUUGAUCCUCGCGCAUGUCAAAAGAUCUGCAACACACGUGCUGAAAUUCUUCAGCAUAAUGCUCUUUUGGACUGACCAUUGUCAUAAUUUCCUAUGAAUAAAUUGACAGAAUGUUUUCAUUCCUUAAAAGAAAAAUACAUUCAUUCCUUAAAAGAAAAAUACAUACUUAAGAGUACAAAGUAGAUUAAAGGCUCUAAAUAAGGUUUUCAGUCAAUAAGCUGGGCGGCGUUGUUAUAGAAAUGUUUGCUCUGUUAUCAUUGCGAUCAAAUAUAAUUUUGCCGGA